AUGGACCCCCUUCGAAAGGACGCUAUUCACAAUGAACGUUUCGUCAAGAUCAUUUGCGUCGGCGCCGGAUUCUCUGGCCUGUGUCUGGCAUACAAAUUAAAACGAUCUUUCCAGAACUAUGCCCUAACUAUUUACGAAAAGAACGACGGUGUUGGGGGAACGUGGUUCGAGAACACAUACCCCGGCUGUGCGUGCGACGUUCCUUCACACAACUACACAUACUCCUUUGAGCCUAAAUCGGACUUCUCGGGAGUCCUAGCGAGCUUUAGCGAAAUCAAAGACUACCUAGAGACGUUUGCCGACAAGCACGACCUGCGACAUCAAAUCCGAACCUCAUACAAGGUCUCAGAGACCUCAUGGGAUCCGCAGAAAGGCAAGUGGGUGGUUUCUUCUACCGACUUACGGUCUGGAGAAACAGUGCAUGAUUGGUGUCACCUGUUGGUUCAUGCUACAGGCUACCUGAACAAGCCCAUGUGGCCUAAAGCCCCGGGUAUCGAGACUUUUCGAGGGCCGAAGCUUCAUAGUGCGCAAUGGGAUGACAACGUCUCACUUGAAGGCAAGGAUGUUCUCUUAGUAGGGUCGGGCGCAUCCAGCGCCCAGAUUCUCCCAGCCAUCCAGCCAAUCGUCAAGACUGUGAAAGUUUUUGUCCGAACCCCGCGAUGGUCAUUGCCAUCCGUGAGCUCCAAACAUGGCAAAUUUUCCGAGGAGGAGAGACAUAGACUCGUCAACGAUCCAGAGGCCGUCCUGAAUCUCCGACUAGAGAAUGAGAGGACCUUGAACAGCUUCUUUACCAUGUACAUGAAAGACACCGUUUUGCAAUCCCAAGCAAGACAACACUUGGAAACUGAGAUGAAGAAGAUCAUUCCAGACCCCGACUUGCAAAGGAAGCUAGUGCCCGACUUUGCUGUUGGAUGCAAGAGGAUUUUACCAUCAGGGGAUCGGUUCCUACAUGCUAUCAAUGAGGGUAAUGUGGAGGUUGUCUGCUCAGGAGUCAGACGCUUCACUGAGACCGGCUGCAUCAGUGCGGAUGAGCAGUCUCAUCAGGGUGGUGUGCUCAUCUGUGCUACGGGAUUCGACAUGUCGUUUAUCCCUCGUUAUCCCAUACUCUUCAACGGACACAACCUCCAGGACGAUUGGAGUGCCUCCAUCACUGGCUACAUGGGCGUUGGAAUAUCUGAAUGUCCAAACUCAUUCACUCUCGCUGGGCCUUGGACUCCAAUCUCCAAUGGCCCAGUAAUUGUUGCCCUUGAAUCACAGGCUGAUUUCAUCUGCACCUUUAUCGACAAGUAUCAGACAGAACCUGGAAUUCAUAGCAUGAGGCUAAAAGCCGCCGCAUGCUAUGAUUUCAAGACCUACGUGGCCCAGGCUACAAAGAGGAUGGUCUGGUCGGACAACUGCCACAACUCUCAUAACAUUCAUGCCAACUGGGGUCAGGCUUCCAUCACGUGGCCUGGAUCGACUCUUCACUACCUGGAGGCUUUGCGUGAGCCUCGCUUCGAGGAUUACGAGUUCGACUUUUGUGGCAAUCGAUUUGCCUGGAUGGGCAACGGCUUGUCACAGACAGAGUGGGACCCAACGGCUGAGUUGGCCUACUAUAUUCGAAACAGUGACGAUGGGAGGCAUCUGAGUAGAGGGGCUAGGACAAAGUCGAUUUCGAAGAGUGGGACGCGACCUGAGAGGCAACUUCACCGGCAGGAAAGGCUGCGUACUGCUGAGGUCUAG